CCACAGCCGUUUGGGGGUGUGGUUAACGCAGUGGGCCGGGCGAUGGGACUUCCAGAAGUCAGAGCCAGACUGUUCUCUGCAGAGACGGGGUGUAGCCUAAGGCAACCAAUCGGGAGCGCUGGGCCUCCGCCCAGCCAAUGAGGAGCCUGGUUACCGUGACGCCCCGCCCCUGCUCCCUAGUCCCGGACCCUUGGGUCACCACGGCCACGCUCCGCUCCUUCUUCCUUCGCCGCCGCUGCCAGCGCUCCUGCCGGACAUGCCUUUCGUUGAGCUGGACACGAACUUGCCCGCCGAUCGCGUGCCCGCGGGGCUGGAGAAACGUCUCUGCGCGGCCACCGCCGCCAUCCUGGGCAAACCUGCGGACUGUCCUCCGCAGCGCGUGAACGUGACGGUGCGGCCGGGCCUGUCCAUGGCGCUGAACGGCUCCACGGAGCCCUGCGCGCGGCUGCUCGUCUCCUCCAUCGGCGUGGUGGGCACAGCGGAGGAGAACCGAGGCCACAGCGCUCGCCUCUUCGAGGUCCUCACCAAGGAGCUGGCCCUGGGCCAGGACCGGAUCAUUAUCCGCUUUUUACCCCUGGAGCCCUGGCAGAUUGGCAAGAAAGGAACAGUCAUGACUUUUUUGUGAUUGACAUCUGUGAGCUGGUUGCCCCUUGCAGAAAGACUUCCUGGCAGAGCGAGGGCCUAGUGGAUAACACCAGCUCUGGACACUUCCUCGUGCAAACAUGUCUGUGACCUCACAGUCCUCUUCUUCCCCAUUCUCAUGCUAAAUAAAUGAAGAGAGCUUCAUGGUUCA